AUGACAUCCGUUUCAACCCACCCGUUUGUUGAUCAGCUCCCAGUCAAUGGUGCCACUUGUGCUUCUAGGGCUGAAGAGACUUUGGCACAGUUGGAUGGACUCUUUGCCGGCUUUGUUUUCCUACAUGAAAUAGAACCCGCUACCACGUGCACAAACAGCCUUCGAAAUGGCCGUUCGAGGCAACCUCAAGUCGGAAGAGCUCCCUGGACCAACACAACAGAUGGACAGCCUUGUCGCGCCCGCGAUAUGGCCUGGUCCUCCAUCCGGGCUAUUCGCAACGAAAUGGAAACUCUUUGGAGCCAGUUUGUCAACGUUGCGGGCAAUCUGGAAAACGUCGCUGUCAACAGAAUUCUUGCUGACUACCAAGACGCCAAGGGGCUCCAACAAACAGGCGCCGUCGCUCUCCGAAACAUCUUCAGUGGGCCUGUUCCGAACGAUCUACGCAAGGUUUUUGCUUUUUGCUGCUUGUCUUAUGUUGCUUCGCAUCUCUUGUGCGCCAGAAACAUGCUGGCCCAAGGUGACAUCCUUGCUGGUCUUCGACAAUGGCUGUAUGCCCUAGACAGAGAAGAUGAGCGGGAGGCUUUCAAGCUGCUUGUUCAACACCUUUGGCCUGAAGCUCAGCAUCAUUUACACUCCAUGGACUCGGUACAUCCUUUCCAAUCCGGAACAAUAGACCCUUCUCUAAUCAACAUCCAACCAACAGUGAUGUCUCCGAUCAACAUUCAAAACUCCGCCUAUCCACAGCAGGACCCUGAAUUUUCUCUUGAUCUUUUGGACAUCUCUAACCUUGAUCUGGGUUCACAAUCACAUCAUUUGCAAGGUUACGACCCGCGGCCAUCGUGCCCUUUUAUAAGGUCAUGGACGCCGAUGCAAUUGCCCUAUGAUGCAUCACGACAAUCGCCAUACGAUGCCGAUCCGCCGUUCUCAAUCCCCUCAAACGACCCCGAAACGUCGAACCACCUUCAGCAAACCUCUGUAUUUAGAGCCGUGUUACAGUAUGUCCAAGAGAACGCUGACUUCUGGUACAACAUUGCUGGUCGCGGACUGGUAUCAAGGGAUUUCCGGGAGUGCCUUGCCUGGAGCCAGGAGAGGCUGUCACGAAAGAUGGAGAUACAAAGAUCUUUCAUUCACCCCUUGCUGCUAGAAAAGGCGAAACGCGACUUGGUAUCCCGAGGUAUUAUCACCAUCAUCGAAGCCUUUGUCGAGCGAGGAUUACUGCAGAAGCGACAGGAAAUCGAAUUCUACAUACAACUUGCUGGAACUGUGCGCAAUAACAAACCCCAGAAUUCGUCCUUGGCUAAUUGUUUCCAGUGUUUGUUCGAUGAUCAAGUGUCAUUUCGAGAGUUCUGCGAUUGGAUCUAUGGCUUUCGUCAAACCUCACCGCCGCUUUCUGUACCUAUGAUGCAGACUUCGACUUCUGAGUUCGUUAACCCUAGUCAUGUUCUUUGUAAAAAGUCUGCUGACAAACUAUUAGAAAGCCCUACUCAUGUAGCCUGUGUUGGUACAGAAGUUCUCGAUCCAGCAAUUUGA